GGGAGAAGGCGAGGAAGGCCCUACUCUGGACAGCUGAGCCCCGGGGCUGACGCAGGAAUAACCUACCCUCUGCCUCACCCACGCCAGAAGCUUCGCUACAAACAGGAGCAGCCAAGCAGACCAGCCCCUGCCCCCUAAAGUGGCUUCCCUCCCGAAGCGGAGCACACAGGCCUGACAGCUCAGCGGUGCGAGGCGGCGAGGUGAGGUGGCUGCAGCCCGCGGUGAACAUCUGAACUCCUCAGAGGGGUAACAGACCCCCACACACAGAUGCAGCCUGAGUGGCAGGAAUACUGAUUCUUUGGAGAGUGGCUCCCUCUCAGCUCUGUCACGCAAGAGCGCUCUCUGCACUGAGCCAUUCUGCCAAGUGACUUAAAGGGAUUUAAAAAGACAAAAAAAAAAAAAAAAUCUUGGUAAAGAAAAGAGGGCAGCAGUCCCAGCAGGGACAUUUCUGGAGAGGUGCAGCCUGUGGACAAAAGACCAAAGUUACAAAGAGCUGUGGUGGACGUGGUGGCCAGGGAGAGGCCACACCCCCCGGGGACUGGCGCUGGGCUGUAGGGCAUGCCCUGCUCAGGAGUCCCCGGGGGUGCCCUGUGCACCCCAAGCACACAACCCUCGCUCCAGAGAGCCAAGCCAUCAGUGCCUGCGGCCUAGGGUGCCAAGGAUGCAGCUUGGGACCUGCAGCCGUUUCUGAGGCCUGGCCGCAAGGAAGACUACAGGAUUUGGAUACUCUCUGUUGCCUCCGUGCUCCCUCUGCCCCAGGGUUGUAGUCUGUGGCUUUGAGCCUGCUAGUGACAUGGGGCCAAGGAUGUGAGUGUGGCCUGGAACUUUGAAGCAGUGACCCGUGGGACCCAGUGGCUCCAGGGAGCAGCAGGAGGAGGUAACUGAGACUCCAGGUUAGGUGGGUCAGGCCUCCAGCAGCCAUCCACCAUGGUGGUGGCACACCCUGCUGCCACCGCUACCACCACACCUGCUGCCACUGUCACAGCCACUGUCGUGAUGACCACAGCCACCAUGGACCUGCGGGACUGGCUGUUUCUCUGCUAUGGGCUUAUUGCCUUCCUCACGGAGGUCAUCGAUAGUACCACCUGCCCAUCAGUGUGCCGUUGCGACAAUGGCUUCAUCUACUGCAAUGACCGGGGACUCACAUCCAUCCCCUCAGACAUCCCUGAUGAUGCCACCACCCUCUACCUACAGAACAACCAGAUCAACAAUGCAGGCAUCCCUCAGGACCUCAAGACCAAGGUCAAGGUGCAGGUUAUCUACCUGUAUGAGAAUGACCUGGACGAAUUCCCUAUCAACCUUCCCCGCUCCCUGCGGGAGCUGCAUCUUCAGGACAACAACGUCCGCACCAUCGCCAGGGACUCCUUGGCUCGCAUCCCGCUGCUGGAGAAGCUGCACCUGGAUGACAACUCCGUGUCCACCGUGAGCAUCGAGGAGGACGCUUUCGCUGACAGCAAGCAGCUCAAGCUGCUGUUCCUGAGCCGGAACCACCUGAGCAGCAUCCCGUCGGGCCUGCCCCACACGCUGGAGGAGCUGCGGCUGGACGACAACCGCAUUUCUACCAUCCCCCUGCAUGCAUUCAAGGGUCUCCACAGCCUGCGGCGCCUGGUCCUGGAUGGCAACCUGCUGGCUAACCAGCGCAUCGCGGAUGACACCUUCAGCCGCCUGCAGAACCUCACAGAGCUGUCGCUAGUGCGCAACUCGCUGGCUGCCCCGCCUCUUAAUCUGCCCAGCGCCCACCUGCAGAAGCUCUACCUGCAGGACAAUGCCAUCAGUCACAUUCCCUACAACACACUGGCCAAGAUGAGGGAGCUGGAGAGGUUGGACCUGUCCAACAACAACCUUACCACACUGCCCCGAGGCCUGUUUGACGACCUGGGGAGCCUGGCACAGCUGCUUCUCAGGAACAACCCCUGGUUCUGUGGCUGUAACCUCAUGUGGCUGCGGGACUGGGUGAAGGCCCGGGCCGCGGUGGUCAAUGUGCGGGGCCUCAUGUGCCAGGGCCCUGAGAAGGUCAGGGGCAUGGCCAUCAAAGACAUCACCAGCGAGAUGGACGAGUGCUUUGAGACGGGGUCACAGGGCGGUGCCGCUAAUGCAGCCGCCAAGACCACAGUCAGCAACCAUGCCUCUGCCACCACGCCCCAGGGCUCUCUGUUUACCCUCAAGGCCAAGAGGCCAGGACUGCGCCUCCCCGACUCCAACAUUGACUACCCCAUGGCCACUGGUGAUGGCGCCAAGACAUUGGUCAUCCAGGUGAAGCCACUGACAGCAGACUCCAUCCGAAUCACAUGGAAGGCCAUGCUGCCCGCCUCCUCUUUCCGGCUCAGCUGGCUGCGUCUGGGCCACAGCCCGGCUGUGGGCUCUAUCACAGAGACCCUGGUGCAGGGGGACAAGACGGAGUACUUGCUGACCGCGCUGGAGCCCAAGUCCACCUACAUCAUCUGUAUGGUCACCAUGGAGACUGGCAACACCUACGUGGCUGAUGAGACACCUGUGUGUGCCAAGGCAGAGACAGCUGAUAGCUACGGUCCCACCACCACGCUCAAUCAGGAACAGAAUGCUGGCCCCAUGGCGGGGCUGCCCCUGGCUGGCAUUAUUGGUGGUGCUGUGGCUCUUGUAUUUCUCUUCCUGGUCCUGGGAGCCAUUUGCUGGUACGUGCACCGGGCCGGUGAGCUGCUGACCCGAGAGAGGGUCUACAACAGGGGCAGCAGGAAGAAGGAUGACUACAUGGAGUCAGGGACCAAGAAGGACAACUCCAUUCUAGAGAUCCGUGGCCCAGGACUGCAGAUGCUACCCAUCAACCCUUAUCGCUCCAAAGAGGAGUAUGUGGUGCACACCAUAUUUCCCUCCAAUGGCAGCAGUCUCUGCAAGGGCGCCCACACCAUUGGCUAUGGCACCACACGAGGCUACCGGGAAGCUGGCAUCCCUGACGUGGACUACACCUACACAUGAAGCCAGCCGCCCCGGUGUGCUCACGGGGCUCUGUCUAGCCCGCUGCAACACCAGGAGCCAGGAAGAAGAGAAACUCCACACUGACUUUCCAAGCAGAAAGCAUAGUUUGGGGAGGGUUGGCGAUUUUGCAGAACACAACAGUGGGGUUAAAAAAAAUUAAAUACAUAGAAGGCAGGAGGGGGAUUCAGCAUUGUUGGAGAUGUAAUUUAUACCAGAUCAUGAGAGUUAAAGACUAAAAAUAAUCUCGCAGGAAGGGUUGGGUUGGGUUGGGACUUUUUUUUUCCUGAACCAGAUUGAUACUACCUGUACAACAUUUGUAUGCACCUCGAGCUCCGUCAGGACCGUUGGAGAGAAGCAGAUGACACAGACACGCAGACAUGUGACGGCAUGGAGCCCCCCUCCCCCAACAACCGUCCUUCUGGCUGCUCACGGGUGACAACUCAAUGAAAGGUUUUCAGGUUUCUCACAAAAGAGCCAGGGGAGGAAAAGACUUUUUGCUAUGGAGACAGUGUCCUGAAAUCUCUUCCCUGGUCUUUUCCAUGCCGUUUCCUUCCCAGAUCUACAGAAAUAUGGCGUUCUCCGACAUACUCUCAACAAUACCAUAGUCGAUAAAAAGACAAAUAAGUCAAACUUUUCCUUCCAAUGCUGAGCACUUCAGUUCCACUCACCGAACUCCGUGGAAGCUCUGAUGAAAGCCUUCCCUGCCACAUGAAGGCGACACCUGUCUACCCACCUAUGGCCGUGCCCUGUGUCUCAGUACUGAUGGGUAGCCAGAGCUGCGGGCUGUCCCCUCAGCACUUCUUGGGUCAGUUCUUGACAUUUUCUCAGACAAUAGAAUUGCAAAAAUCUUGCUUUCUCCUAGAAAUCAUUGAGUAAGUAAGUAGACCGUGUGUAGGUGGAGGGGAGCUGCCUCAGUCCCGGUGGUAGGAAAAGCCUCAGUCCAGUGGUAGGAGAUCCUGUGUCGGCCAGCCCAGAGCCAGGCCACUCCCCUUUCUGAUAUCGAGAAAAGCUUUCCUUGACGACCAGUGCCCUCAUCUGUCUCUCCCCCAGUAGAUGCUAUCCCCAUAAUAGUGUUUACUCUUUCUCCUAGGACAGGUAAUUUAUAAACAGGGACUGUUUAUAAAUAUAUGUGCGCACACACACACACACACACAUGCACGCACGCACGCACACACACACACACAUCAGCUAGCUAGACCUACUGGGUUUCCAUGGCUGCCCAAACAAAGCCCAGAAAAAAUUAAAAAAAAUUUUUUUUUUUUGCAGAAAAUCACUAGGAGACAUCAGCAAACACACACACACACACACACACAAUAUCAGUCAUGCCCACACUGGGGGUUCUGUUCUCAAGAGGGAAAAAUCAGAUUUCUUUGUUAAAAAAAAAAAUCACCCUCCAAAAGGGUACUGACCGGGCCCUCACAAGAGCUAAGAUUUUAUUCCUUCCCUGUGGAAUCAAUGUCGUUAUCAUUUAUCAACUGACACCACAGUGUGGUGAGCCAUGAGAUUAAAACCAUGAUAAAAUAAUGACAGCAAAUCCGGAAGGGAGGGAAGAGCGGUGCCUGGGGUUCUGAUGUCUGCUUCGUCCUGUCCUCGGGAGCCCGGGUCACCGUCUGUCAAUGCAUCACUGUGCCCUGCGCUGGGAAAAAAGUCAUCAAAGGGAGGAGGACGCUGGUGUGAGGGCAGCUGGAUGAGAAGGGGACCAGCUCCUGACGCUGAUGUUUUCAAAAGACCUCUGCCACUCCAUCCAAAGCAAAGGCAGGAAGAAGAGGCCAGGCCGCUGCCCAGCGUGUACCUGGUGGGGCAUCUGCUUGCUGGACAUUAAAGAGUCAACUAGCCCUUCAGUGAAGAGAAAGAGAUAGAAAGAAAUGGACCCAGCAGGUGCCUCAGAGUAGUGGGAAGAGACACAAGCUCCUGAUCAGAGCCCGAGGGGUCAUCACACCAAAUGGAGACCCCCAGCCCACCAGCCCCAGGGGAUGGCCAAGAGGUUCGGACGUGGGUCAUACCGAAGGAGACCUUUCUUCCUCUUCAUCCCAAGUCAUUUUUCUCACUUGAUGAGGUCAAGAGAGGAAUGUUCCUGAGCUUCGGAUUCAGGUCUGUAUAAACAUGUACCCUGGGGCCUGCAGUCCCCAAUGACCCUGGUGAUGGCCUAGUCCUGGCAGGCUCAGGAGACCCAUUGGUAAGGGACAGGUAUGUAAGGGAGAGUCCCAGAUGCUGAGUGAGGCAUGCAGGGCACUAUGCCCUACUUCUCUGGGGCCUCAGGAAAAUAAAACUCCACGUCCUCACCUCUGCCUCGAGCCUGUAACUUGCCCUGCCCCAUAGACUUUCGUGUCCCCCUUUCCUAUUCCUGCCCCAGGGAGGGUCUUGUGGUCAAGUUGACAUUUAGGAACAGCUGGUGGCCUAAACCCUGGGAGCUGCCUGGAAGGUCCUACCUGGAGAUUCAGGAGUCUCUAGGCCAAAUGCUUGAAACACCUGGGCUGUGGUAUUUCCUGCUCCAUCACCCAGAGUAAGCCUGAUGUACAGGAGCCGUGGCAGUCACAGGCAGAAUGUCAGAUUGAGGACCAGUCUAAGGGGGCUCACUCCAUCAUACACCCAGCUGGAGAGCCCAAGGCUGGCAUUGACCCCUAAAAAGUGCUAGGUGCUGAUCAGAGUGAGCACUGCCCAGCCAUGGCCCCUCCUGCAGGCCCAAGCAGGCCCCAGCAGGCCCCGCCUCCAAGAGCCCUUCCUAGGUCAUUUCCACCCCUUCUGGUCCUAGCAUUUUCCCAGUACCCUUUAUUCUGUGUGUGUUGGGGAUGUAGGAAUAGUGGAGACUAAAUCCAGGGCCUAGCAGUGCAAGGGAAACACCCACCACUGUGCUACGUCCCUAGCAUCCUUUCAGAAAGCCCCCAAAUGUGACCCUUGUCCCAGUUCUCUAAAGGAGACAGAAGAACCUGGCUUCUGGCCUCACAAUACAACAGAAGAGGUUCAGGGCACCCAGCCUCCUCUAGCCUCAGAAGUGAGGGAAGCCAGGGUUGACACUGGAAGGCCAAUGGGACCCUUGUCUGUGUGCAGCUGACAUUUCCACAGGGAAGUCUGUGGCUGGCCAGCCUGACCCUCACAGUUUCUAACCAGCCAGAGCAACCUCGUGGCCUCACCUCCGUGGCCUCAGCUCUGGGGCGUGUGUUCUGUGGCGUUUAAGGCAAGCUUAAACUUUAAAAAAAAAAUCACACACACAAAAAGCCAGUGACACUUCUCUGGUUAAGUGGUUUACCCUUCGUGGUAAUUAGAUGCAGCGAUUGGAAUCUCUUUUUCUAUUACAUGGCAAUUUUACUUUAAAUUUCCUCUUAAAAAAAAAAUAAAAGAACCGGGAAAGAAGAGGCAAGGAGGGAGAGAGGCAUCAGGGCCAGGGGCAUUUGCAUUUUGCGAAUAAAGCCUCUGGUAGGCUCAGCUCGGGUGUGCGUGCAGCCCAACGUAUAGAAUGCUUAAGAGAUUACUAAGAAUAAAAUCUAUUAAUUAGUCAUACUCAAUUCCGCAGACAUGACGUGAAUCCAAAGCUCCCUUUCUUCCCUCAUCUGCACCCUCUUCCUGAGGAAGCCUCCAUCUUCCCUGCAAGGCUGCCUCCUGGCCUGCCUCCUCCUCGGUGGAGCUCAGCCUUGGCCUUGUGUUGUGGAUACUGACCUGGAGAACAGGCGUGGGGACACUGCACCGUCCUACCCUGGGCAAUGUUGGCAGGGGAGGACAGCCUUGGGAAGACAACUGAGGAGUCCAGCCUCCCCUUCCUGGGGCCGGAAGGCCAUCCCUGCCCGCUCCAUGCCCCUCCUUCCUUCUCAGAACCGCUCUCCCAGAGUUUGCAGUAGUCAGCUGCCCAGCUCAGCCCUGACGAGGGAGCUAGGAGCAUGUUAUACAGAUUCGAGCUUCCAUCCCUAAAGUGAGGGCAUCUGGGGCAGGUUCUUGCUUCACGAAGGCCCUGUGAGAGCAAACCCUCCAUGCUGAGUCUGGGAGGUUCUCGUGGGCUCAGGGCAGUGGGGAAACCGAGCUGGGUAGGAAGAGUGGCGGCGGCGUGGACUCGGAGUCCACAGAGGGAUGGGCAGUGUGUCUGGAAUGGCCUCCCAACCCGAGCUUCCUCCCUCACUGCCCCUGGCAAGAGAGUAAGAAACAAAAGUCAGAGCCACGCUGAGGGCCCUUCCCGCCCAGCCCCCCACAGGCCAGUGAGUCCGAAGCCAGCCCUCUCCAGACAUCUGCUUUCCACUGAGCA